AUGAUCGGAAACGUAUCAGAAGAAAAGCUAGGAAGAAGGGUGACGGGUAGAUACGAGUUUACGUCAGGUGAAAGCGAUGAAGAGUCGCACGAUGAUGGGAAGAGCAUUCUGAGAUGGAGACCGAAGGUGAAGUUAGAAGAUGGUAUUUGGAGGACGAUGUCUUGGAUAGGUGAAAAUCAAAACAAACCAAGAGUACUCGUAACUAUAUUUGGUCAAGCUCGUGGUGGACGUCUUGCAUGGAAUUCUUUACAUAAAUUUUUCUUGCGCCCCUUUAAUGCUCAUUUAGCAUGGUAUACAACUCAGGUAGAAACCAGCUCAUAUCUACAUGAGAGGGUGCAAUAUCUUUGGAUGGAACCGAACCAUGAUGAAUGGGAUUUUGUCUAUGAGAUGGCAGCGAAAGCAUGUAAUGACGUGAAAGUCAUUGGGAAAUGGAGAAAUUAUUGCAACAUUCCGGGAUUAUUCAUGGGUGGUGUUGCAAACUGUGCGCACGGUUCGCGUACAGCUGUAUUAUUUGGAUUACGAUGGUUGUUACAACAAAAGAUCAAUAAACUUCAGUUGUUCGACAAAUAUGAUUGGUUUAUUUGGACUCGAGCUGAUGAACUACAUUUAUGUGAACAUUUUGAUUUCACCACUAUGACGGACAGUGACAUUUUAUUGCCCACUGGUGAACACUACAAUGGUUGGUCGGAUCGUCAUUUAAUUGCUCGUUCGUCUAUGUUUAUGAAGGUGAUCAAUAUCACGAAUGAAUUAGUUUGUAGACCUGACUACUGGUUGGAAAAAGUGGCAGAAGUUCAGUAUGAACGAAACAUUGAAGUGAUACAAAAACUGAUAUGGAACGACAUGGGCUUGACUGUCUCAGAAUUUUCAAGAUCCAUGUUUACUGUCAGAUCGGAAGGUGACCCAACGUCAUGGUCACGAGGUGAAUUCGAUCCAGAUCUGAACUUGUUCGGCCUGAAGGUGAAGUAUCCGAAAGAAUUUACAUCAGCCAAAGCGCAUUGUAGUAACACGAGCUUGAAGGGUGCGUUGGAAUCUCUUCGUCACUAUGACUGGAAAGUUGUAAAGCAGGUUUUAUUUUGA